CCUUGAUGCAAUAUCUACUAAUUAUCUCUGUUUUUUUUUUCCGCUUUAGAUGCAUUACUAUGUGCAGUCACACAUCCAAAUGAAUGAAUACAGAGAUCGUGUAAUAUUUCCUGCUGCAACCAGGAAGUAUGGAAGAAAUAUUAGCACUUGUGUCAAAGUUUUAGACAUGACUGGCUUAAAGCUUUCAGCGUUGAAUCAAAUAAAGUUAUUGACUGAUAUAUCUACAAUUGAUGACUUAAACUAUCCAAAAAAGACACAGACAUACUAUAUUGUCAAUGCCCCAUAUGUAUUUUCAGCAUGUUGGAAGGUUUGGAUUUGUUUCUCAAGUCAAAAGCAUUUCGGGUACUCUCAAUGCUUUGCAUGUCCUAUCAACAGCUCAAUGCAUUGUAAAUAUGUUGCCAGGUUGUAAAGCCUCUCUUACGAGAAAGAACAAGGAGGAAAAUUCAGGUUUUGCAAGGUUGUGGACGAGAUGAAUUGUUAAAGGCAAGGAAGUAUAGCUAAUCAUUGUUUCUAAACUCUCUCUUAAGCAUGCACUAUUAAAUACGAGUAUGUGUUUUAUCUUCUAAAAUGGACCUGACUUCUGGUUUACAUUAAAAUAUCUAAAAAUGUACCCUGACUUGAAACUAUUUUACAUGGUCGG